CGCCGCUCGCCGCCGCCUCCGCGCGCCCGGGGGCCCCGGCGCCCCCCGAGCGAGGGCGGCCCGCCCGCAGCUCGCCGUUUGACAGAUGCUCAUCGCCAUGGAGUUGCCGCAGCAGCACCUUUGGGGGCUCAGGCGAGCGACCGGAGCCGGGAUCUGAGCGAGCGUCGGGGCCAGCGGAGCCGGAGCCGCCGGGACAUGGUUGCAGAUCUGAUCUCUUCUGAACACCUCACCGUGUCUGCAUCCCUGGGACUGUGAAUCCAGCAGCUGGACCACUUUGUCCUUGGAAUUUUGGGUAUCCUCUCUUCUCACCUUUCCCUUUUCCCGUUUUCCCUUCCCCCUCCUGAGAACUCCUGAAGACUGUAGGAUUGUCAUGGAGUCCAGGGAAAUCUUAAGCAGCUCCCGGCAAAGAGGGAGUGAGUCGGAAUUCCUGCCGGUCUCUUCAGCCAAGCCCCCCACUGCUCCUGGCUGUGCAGGAGAACCUUUGCUCUCUGCUCCAGGAACUGGGAAGGGGAUCCCAGUGGGCGGAGAGCGCAUGGAGCCAGAGGAGGAGGAUGAACUGGCCUCAGGACGGGAUGUGGAUUCCAACUCCAAUGCAGACAGUGAGAAAUGGGUGGCAGGAGACGGCCUGGAAGAACAGGAGUUCUCUAUCAAGGAGGCAAACUUCACAGAGGGGAGUCUGAAGCUGAAGAUUCAGACUACAAAGCGGGCUAAGAAACCCCCAAAGAACCUGGAGAACUAUAUAUGCCCACCUGAGAUCAAGAUCACCAUCAAGCAGUCUGGGGACCAGAAGGUGUCCCGCGCUGGGAAAAAUAGCAAAGCCACAAAGGAGGAGGAAAGAAGUCACUCCAAAAAGAAGCUCCUCACAGCCAGUGACCUUGCAGCCAGCGACCUCAAAGGAUUUCAGCCACAGGCUUACGAGCGGCCGCAGAAACACUCAGCUCUCCAUUAUGACCCAGGCCUCCCGCAGGACUUCACCGGUGACACCUUAAAACCAAAGCACCAGCAAAAAAGCAGCAGCCAGAACCACAUGGACUGGUCCACCAACUCUGACAGUGGACCUGCCACUCAGAAUUGCUUCAUCAGUCCAGAGUCUGGCAGAGAAACUGCAAGCACCAGCAAGAUCCCAGCUCUUGAGCCCGUGGCUUCCUUUGCAAAGGCCCAGGGUAAGAAGGGCAGUGCAGGGAGCACAUGGAGUCAGUUGUCCAACAGCAGCAAAGAUCUGCUCUUGGGAGGUGUGGUUCCAUCCCCAAGCAACCACAGCUCACCAGCCCCACCCAGCAGCUCUGCUGAGUGCAAUGGGCUUCAGCCUUUGGUAGAUCAAGAUGGAGGAGGUGCGAAGGAGCCCCCAGAACCACCUACUAUAGGCAGCAAGAAAAAGUCCAAUAAAAAAGAUGUGAUGAGUCAAACCAUACCAAACCCAGACCUGGACUGGGUCAAGAAUGCCCAGAAAGCAUUUGACAAUACAGAAGGGAAAAGGGAAGGCUACUCUGCAGAUAAUGCCCAAGAGGCAUCACCAGCCAGGCAGAAUGUGAGUUCUGUCAGUAAUCCUGAAAAUGACUCAAGUCAUGUCCGGAUUACUAUCCCUAUCAAGGCACCCUGUCUAGAUCCAACUAACCAUAAGAGGAAAAAGAGACAGUCCAUCAAAGCAGUGGUGGAAAAGAUUAUGCCAGAGAAAGCCCUGGCUUCUGGAAUCACUAUGAGCAGUGAAGUAGUUAAUAGGAUACUUUCCAACGCUGAGGGAAAUAAGAAAGAUCCCCGGGUCCCAAAGUUGGGUAAAAUGAUAGAGAAUGAGUCCCCUUCAGUUGGCCUUGAAACUGGUGGAAAUGCUGAGAAAGUUGUCCCAGGAGGUGUGUCUAAACAGCGGAAGCCACCCAUGGUCAUGACGCCUCCAACAUGCACAGAUCACUCUCCAUCAAGAAAGCUGCCAGAAUUCCAACAUCCAAAAUUCGCUGCAAAACGGAGGUGGACGUGCAGCAAACCAAAACCCACUAGUAUGCUUCGAGAGGCAGUCCUGGCCACCUCCGAUAAACUGAUGGUGGAGCCACCGUCUGCUUAUCCCAUCACCCCAUCCAGCCCUCUGUACACCAACACAGACAGUCUUACUGUGAUCACACCAGUCAAAAAGAAGCGGGGACGACCAAAGAAGCAGCCUUUGCUCACGGUUGAGACGAUUCAUGAGGGGACUUCCACCAGUCCAGUCAGUCCCAUCAGCCGGGAGUUUCCUGGCACCAAGAAAAGAAAGAGACGACGCAGUUUAGCUAAGUUGGCCCAGCUAGUGCCAGGAGAGGACAAACCCAUAAGCGAGAUGAAAUUUCACAAAAAAGUUGGAAAGCUUGGGGUGUUGGAUAAGAAGACCAUCAAAACUAUCAAUAAGAUGAAAACACUCAAGAGGAAAAAUAUCUUGAACCAGAUCUUGUCCUGCUCCAGCAACAUUGCUCUGAAGGCUAAAGCUCCCCCAGAGACCAGCCCUGGGGCAGCAGCAAUUGAGAGCAAAUUGGGCAAGCAGAUUAAUGUCAGCAAGAGGGGAACCAUCUACAUUGGCAAGAAGAGGGGCAGGAAGCCAAGAGCAGAGCUGCCACCCCCAUCCGAAGAACCCAAAACAGCCAUCAAGCACCCAAGGCCUGUUUCUAGCCAGCCGGAUGUUCCAGCCGUGCCUUCCAACUUUCAGUCACUUGUGGCAUCUUCACCAGCAGCUAUGCACCCACUUUCAACACAGUUAGGUGGGUCAAAUGGCAACCUGAGCCCCGCCAGCACUGAAACCAAUUUUUCAGAGUUAAAAACUAUGCCAAAUCUCCAGCCCAUCAGUGCUCUUCCAACCAAAACCCAAAAGGGAAUACAUAGUGGAACCUGGAAGCUGUCUCCACCCAGGCUGAUGGCCAACUCACCUUCACACCUUUGCGAGAUUGGGUCACUCAAGGAAAUAACACUGUCCCCUGUGAGCGAGUCGCACAGUGAGGAGACGAUCCCGAGCGACAGUGGCAUUGGGACAGACAACAACAGCACAUCUGACCAAGCGGAGAAGAGUUCAGAAUCCCGACGGAGGUACUCUUUUGAUUUCUGCUCCCUGGACAACCCAGAGGCCAUUCCGUCCGACACCAGCACAAAGAACCGUCAUGGCCACCGGCAGAAGCAUCUUAUCGUGGACAACUUUCUGGCCCAUGAAAGCCUCAAGAAGCCAAAGCACAAGAGGAAACGGAAAAGCCUGCAAAACCAUGAUGAUCUCCAGUUUCUGGCAGACCUGGAAGAGCUCAUCACCAAGUUCCAGGUGUUCAGGAUCUCCCACCGGAGUUACACCUUUUACCAUGAGAAUCCGUAUCCCAGCAUUUUUCGGAUUAAUUUUGAUCACUAUUACCCGGUGCCAUAUAUCCAGUAUGACCCGUUGCUCUAUCUUCGUAGGACUUCAGACUUGAAGUCGAAGAAGAAGCGUGGUAGGCCUGCAAAAACCAAUGACACCAUGACAAAGGUGCCUUUUUUACAAGGGUUCAGCUACCCUAUUCCCAGUGGAAGUUACUAUGCACCCUAUGGAAUGCCUUACACAUCAAUGCCUAUGAUGAACCUUGGUUAUUACAGUCAGUACCCAGCUCCUUUGUACCUAUCGCACACACUCGGAGCAGCUUCCCCAUUCAUGAGGCCAACAGUGCCACCACCUCAGUUCCACACAAGCUCCCACGUGAAGAUGUCUGGUACAGCUAAGCAUAAAGCAAAGCAUGGAGUCCACCUGCAGGGCCCUGUAGGCAUGAGCCUCAGUGACAUGCAGCCAUCCCUGAAUCCUCCCAAGGUGGGCAGUGCCAGUCUGUCCAGCGGUCGGCUCCACAAGAGGAAACACAAACACAAGCAUAAGCACAAGGAAGACCGGAUCCUGGGGACCCACGACAACCUGAGUGGUCUCUUUGCAGGCAAAGCCACAGGCUUCUCCAGCCACAUCCUGAGUGAACGGCUGAGCAGUGUAGACAAGGAGCUCCCGUUGGUGAGUGAGAAAAACAAGCAUAAGGAGAAGCAGAAGCACCAGCACAGUGAAGCCGCCCACAAAGCUUCCAAGAGUAACUUUGAGGUGGACACCCUGUCUACACUGUCACUUUCUGAGGCCCAGCAUUGGACGCAGGCCAAGGACAAAGGUGACUUGAGCAGUGAGCCUGCAGACUCAUGCACAAAAAGAUACUCUGGCAGUGGCAGUGACAGUGGCAGCACAAGACCAGAGAGCCUGGACGUGUUCAGUGAAAUGAACGCUUCAAAUGACAAGUGGGACAGUGACGUGAGUGGGAGUAAAAGGAGGAGCUACGAAGGCUUUGGGACAUACAGGGAAAAGGACAUCCAAGCCUUCAAGAUGAACCGCAAGGAGAGAAGUUCUUACGAUUCCUCCAUGUCUCCAGGAAUGCCAAGUCCCCACUUAAAAGUGGACCAGACGGCAACGCAUGGUAAGAACGAGGGUUCAGCGUCCACCAUGAUGACCAGGAAGAAGCCAGCCACAGUUGACAGUGUUGCAAUUCCACCAACCCCAGUGUUAUCUCUCCUUGCUGCAUCUGCAGCAACAUCGGACACAGGUGGGAAGAAGUCCAAGAAAGGAAGGAGAUCAGCUCAGAACCUGGAGGCAAAGGCCGCCAGCUGCGCCCUGAAGAAGCGAUUCAAGCGGCGUGAGAUCGAAGCCAUCCAGUGCGAGGUGCGGAAGAUGUGCAACUACACCAAGAUUCUGUCCACCAAGAAGAACCUGGACCACGUGAACAAGAUCCUGAAGGCCAAGCGGCUGCAGAGACAAUCAAAGACAGGCAACAACUUCGUCAAGAAGAGGAGAGGGCGUCCCCGAAAGCAGCCUUCCCAGUUCGAUGAGGACUCCAGAGACCAAAUGCCGGUGCUGGAAAAAUGCAUCGACCUUCCCAGCAAAAGGGGUCAGAAGCCGAGCCUGAGCCCGCUUGUCUUGGAGCCCGCCGCCAGCCAAGACACCAUCAUGGCCACCAUCGAAGCGGUCAUCCACAUGGCCCGGGAGGCGCCGCCCCUGCCUCCGCCACCGCCCCCUCCGCUCCCGCCCCCACCGCCGCCGCCGCCACCCCCGCCCCCUCCUCUGCCCAAGACCCCACGAGGAGGCGGAAAGAGGAAACACAAACCUCAGCCUCCUGCUCAGCCCCCGCAGCAGCCUCCCCCGCAGCAGCCCCUUCCCCAGGAAGAGGAGGUGAAGGCCAAAAGGCAGAGGAAGUCCCGAGGGAGUGAGAGCGAUGUCCUUCCCUAGGGUGGGUCCGGGCGCCUGAACCUGGGGCUGGGGGAACUGACACAUUGGAAGUGCAGUGAGCCGGGGUGGGGGCAGAAUCCCCCGCUGCAGGGACACUGAUGCCCUUCUCUCCAGAAGCUGGGCAGGCAGAAUCGGGCCAGAUGAUGGGGUUGAGCCAUCAGUAGCUCUCGGGAAAGCAAAGCAGGGGGACGCCUUCAAAAGAAGUUUGUCUGUGCUUCCCAGCAGUUCCCAACCAAGCGGCACUUCAGUAUGGCUAGAUCCUUUAAGGGCAAGCAGAAGACCCAUCAAGGAGGAGAAAAGCCUGGGGUGCUCUCUGACAGCCACCUGAUCUCCCGCAUCCAAGGUGUGCCCUUGAUUCCACUGCGUUUGCUGGCCAGGAAAAAUGGAAAGGGAAACACCCUCAAUUAGGAAACAUUCCAAGGGGAGAAAAGCUGCAAAUUUCUCAACGGGCUUUGUUGUAAUCCGCUUCCAUUUCAUUGGUUUAUAUUUCUUUUGGUUUUUCAAGCUUGGCUAGGCUUUUGGGCACCAACAUCAUCUUCAGGUGACCUGAAUCUUUCCGUUAACGAUACAGUUUCUCAGAUGGACUCAUGUCAUCAGAAGGUGGAAUUUUAGUGAUAGGCAACCUUAGACAUCCAACUUAUUCGUAUGCCUCCUCCAUCACACAUACGCUGAUACUUAGCAUCCUCUGUUCCUACUUUUCUUUUGUCCAUUGUACUUCCAUGUACCUUUUCAUUAACUUACUUGCUGCCUUCUUUUCCUUGGUACACACCUAAAUAAUGUAAACCUUAUCUGUGUUGUAACGUUCACCUUGGCAUGCUGUCCCAAGGAACUUGGCUUUGAAUCCCAAUCAUUGUGAAACAGAUACUCAGUAUUGAUAGAGCCUUUUUAAUAAGUGAUUUAGAGCAGCCGAGGAUAUGUUGACCCAGGUGUCAACCAGGUUAUUUUUAUACUUACAACGUAUCAGCAGAGAAUAGACAGAAUAAAAUGAUUUUAAUAACCCACAGCAAAUGGAAUAACUGACAAAUCACCGAAAACUGAAACCCAGACCCACCAGAAAGACAAGUGUCUAGCAAUGCCUUGGUAUGUGAUUUUUUUUUUCAUACAGAUAACUGUCAUAGGUCGUUGAAAAAAAGAAAAAAAAACAAUAGAAGUCCAUUAUCUCUUGAUAAUUAUUUCUUAAAAGCAAAUGGGAGUAAGUGUUCUUAUCUGAAAAAAAAAAUGAAAAUGUUUAAAGGGUAUCACCACUCCAAUUGUAUCAAGCCACCUUGGACAAAGUAUCCAAACUGUGGUUGCCUUAAUAAACUAAAACAUUUUUGUACAUAAUGUAAUUAUAAAUCUAUCAGUCUGCAUGGAUGCAAACUGUGUGUGACAAAUCGUCUUUUAAAUGGUCAAUUUCAACUGUACAUUUUUCAUCCAAUUUGUACUCUAGCCAUUGGUUUAGCGUGGACAGAUAUUCCAUUCUCUAUUAUCCAUUUCCACAGCCCAAGCAAACCAUGUUAAGAAGACUCAGAAUGAAUACGAAGUUAUUCCAUUGCCGUAGAUGUUUUCUGAAAGUCAGAUGUGGAAAUUCCAAAUAAACAUUUUCAAUUUCCUCCCUCCCUCCUCCCCUUACCUUUCCCAAGACGUCAAACACCUGGCAUGGUAGAUUAUAAAAAGAGAGACACUGAGAGACAGAAUUAAAUUUUCUAAUGGGGAUUAGAAUAUCUAGUUUACUUCCAAAUUAAGUUUCUUUACAGGAAGCUGGGACCAGCUGGAAAUUGUAUUAUAUCACUUCAGAACACAGCAUUGUAUCCUUAGAGAGAGAUGGAUUUUUGGUGGGAACAUAAGAGAAUAGGGAUGGGAUGUCUAUGGGAGUGAAUUUUAAAAUCCCAAGUUGAUAUGCUUGCAAACAUCACUGCUCUGUCAUGGCACUACCAGUUGGUUGAAAAUACCCACAGAGCACUGUCACCAUGGACUUCACACCAUUUGCUGUCAACUAGGUCAGUCACAUUUAAUCCUAGCAAUAUGUAAGUUUAAAGGAAUGCAUUCUCCUAUACUUUAAAGCUUAUAUCAUAGAUACUCAGUUUGUGACCUAGGUUGACCUUUGGCAUUUCACACAAGUUGAACAGCAAAAUCAAACCAGCCACUUUCAAUUUGUCAUUCCCAAACCAUAUCUGAGUGGUUCCAAAGUCACCCAAGAGGAAGGUUUAAAUUAGCCCUACUCACCCCCUGAGUGCGACCAUUUUCAUUCCGAUUAAGCCAUAAAAAGGGUUCUCGCCUGUUGGACUUUGAAAAUCAUUUCCUUCUUUCUUUUGCCCUUCUUUCUUCCAGUGUUGUCCUGUUUCCCCAACCGAGUCUGUGAGCAGACUAAAUCUUCCUGCAGAGGAGAAUGAGCUGGUACUCUCUAACCUUCUUAAAGAAGGACCCAAAGCUUAAUUGGCAUUAACCUCUAGUAGGUGAGAAAUUUCAAAUAACUUUAGGAUAGAUUAGAAUUUCUAAACAGGAGAGAUACAGCAGAGUUGUAACUUAUACAUAAUUUCAGUUCUACAGUUGUCGUAUGAGUUAAAUGCAAAACCUCUACGUGUGUGACCCUGAGAAUAGAUUGGAAAACUGCAGAGGACCAAAACUGAGACAUGCUAAACAGCUGUUUGAAGAUGAAAGGCAGUCCAGUCAUCUGCACAGCUUCCUCUCUCCCCUACCAGCUCUUCUCUCAGUACCAUAUUACUUUUUUUUGGUUUUGCUUUCCAUUAACCUAACUCAUCUCAUUGGUACGACUGUUUUCUUAUUUUCUAAGUGCCCCGUUUCUCUUAGCCUCUCCUUUUCCAUCCAGGCUCAACAUUGGGCCAGUCUAGCUUCACAUCUGGUUGGUUGCAGAACGAGAAUGAGAAUUUAGCUCUCCUGACCUGGAUUGUGGAGGUCUUUAGCCAGCUAACACUGCCUUCUGUGGCUGCAUUUUUAUUUAAAGAGGAAGUCAUCUGGGAUGGCCAAGACUCCAUAAACAGCUCCACGAAAUAUUUCAUAAUGAGAGAAACCUUUUUUCUUUCUUUCUUUCUUUUCUGGAAUACUUGCCUUCAACAAGCAGGCAUGAACCCCUUUGUAAUAUAGGGAGUCGGAUUAGGGGUGAACAAAGGAUGAAAUCGAGAUAUAAAAGCCUGUUCAAGGGUGAGGAUAGAUCUCUGAUCCACCUUCCCAAGUGGCUGCAGGGCCACUUGCUUUUCAACCCUUUAUCUCAAAUAAGAGGAACAGAAGUUUGACUUCCUCUAAUGGCCUGACUCUGGCUACAACCCAAGGAAGACAGGUCAGUGGAAAGGAGAGCAUGUCAGGGGCUGGUUUGUGACUUGGCAGGACCAGGACUCAACAGCCACUGACAGCCCAGAGUAGGUGACUAAGGGCUGACAGAGGAUUAGCAUGUUAACUUGGCUGCUCUCCGGAGCAGGAGGCCAUGUUCCAUGUUUGAUGGCAGUGAGAAUUUGUGUUCAGCGUGUUGCUGGGUCUAUAAAUAUGAUAAGCAAGUGGUGACAGAAUUAUAGUAUAAGGUGAUGUACUACAUGCAGAUCAUAAAGGAUUUGGUUUUAGGACUUAAGUAGAAAAUCCCCCUCCUACAGCUUAUUACCCAACAAUAUUCAGAUAAUGAGCUUUUGGAGAAUAUUUUUUCCCUACCACUAGGAAGAUUUACCUGGGAACUGUCUAAAGUCUAUACAUAUAUUUCCAAAGCCUUUAAAUGCCAACUGUAGCAUGGAGAGAGGGGGUGGCAGAAGCCGAAAUGCCUCAAAAGCCAUUUAAGUGUUACAUUACAGGAUUUUCAGUCCUUCUCAUUAUGUAAAAGUAGAUAAAUAUAGACAUUAUUCUCAACACUACCCUAUAGUAUCACAAUGGUCCAAAUGCCAGAGCUUACACAUAAUGUCAUCACAGUGCCUAGAAACGCAAACUGUAAUAUACCGUAGCAUUUUCUUGGUGUUUUUUAAAGUUUCUUUCCACAAUACAAGGCUCCCCCUGCCUCUUGUUUCUUGGAGAGUUCACCCCACCGAUGAGUCUUCCUUCCUUGUUGGACUCAGUCACUUGGGGAACAGUCUUUGAAGCACAUAUCAACCAAGGAAGAAACUUCCUGGAUAUCUAUUGCCCAUUUGCCCAGGUAUAAUAAACACUAAAGGGGGGGAAAAUUGAAAAAAGCUGCCGCUGAUCAACACAGAAGGGCAGUUCCAACCUCGGUUGGUGUCUUUCUUUUUCUUCCUUUUUUAAAAAAUCUAUUUCUUAAAUAAUAAUAAAUGCACAUGAUGUGUUAAAUAUGUAUAUAUAUAUUUCAAAAGAAAAAAAUGGGGCACAAGAUUGUCUUACAAGUCGUGCUGGCUAAUUUUUAGUUUGUAUUCAUAAGUGGUUUUUAAAAGCCUUUUUUAAAGUGUAAUUUGCAUGUUCUACUUUGAUUGUAUGUAAACAUAUUUUAGAACAAAAAUGUAUUUGUAUUUUAUUGAAUAUAGAAGCAAGAAAAAUUGUACAUUGUUUGAAAUGUUCUUUUUGUAACAGUUUUUAUUCAUAAAGCAUUUUUGUACAUUUAAAAUGAACAUGGACUUGCUGUUAUUUGAGGCGUAGAUACAUCUGGCAUGCUUUACUGUCAUGCUCCUCCAUGGUCUUAGAUGUUGGGUUUUAAACAUUUUUUCUAAAAGAAAGCUCAGUCUUUUUCGCUACCAGAUCAGGUUAGCACAGUAUAGAGCACUUAACUAUUAAAAAAAAAAAAGUUAAUCCUAUUCAUAUGUUAUUCAUUGUGUGAAAUUAAAGACAUUCAAUUCAGUCUAA